AUGGAAAAUGAAGAGUUACCACCUGGCUUUCUAUCUCUUACACUGACGUAUAAAAGGAAAAUCGUCGAUGUAACUCCAUUAACACUUCUAAAGAUUUCAAAGAUUAUCAAGUGCAAGAAAAACCCUUUUUUCUCUCAUGACCGUUCAUCAUCUUCUUUGUCGAUUUCAAUGGCUACAUCAUCAGAAACUCCUUUUAGCACUGAUCAAUCUGCAACAUCAGGGCUUCUUGAAAUCAAGGAUAACCAAAAUAUGAUAUUGGAUCUUGAUCUAUUGAAGUAUGACGCCUUUCUUCAACCACUGAUAGAAUUCUUGAGACACUCACUAUUGGCUAAUACUUUAUCAAAUUAUGUUCAUGUUCCUCCUCUAGUUCAUUUGUCAAAAGCCUUCACAACAGCUUGUUAUGAAGAGAGUAGUGCUACCAUACUUUUCGCGGUUGGUACUCAACAAUCGACCACCACAAGAUUGAGAGCAUGA